AUGGCUCUCUACUGCGGCGACAACUUCGGCGUGUACUCGCAGCCCGGCCUGCCCCCGCCCGCCGCCGCCGCCGCCGCCCCGGGCGCCCCCCCGGCCGCCAGGGCGCCCUACGGGCUGGCAGACUACGCCGCGCCGCCCGCCGCCGCCGCCAAUCCCUACCUGUGGCUCAACGGGCCGGGAGUGAGCGGCCCGCCCGCCGCCGCCGCCGCCGCCGCCGCCGCAGCUGCCUACCUGGGCGCCCCGCCGCCGCCGCCGCCACCGCCCCCCGGGGGCGCCGCCGGGCCCUUCUUGCAGCCGCCCCCCGCCGCCGGCACCUUCGGCUGCGCUCAGCGGGCCUUCGCGCAGCCCGCGCCCGCAGCGCCCGCCUCGCCCGCGGGGCCCGCCGCGCCGGGCGAGCUGGGCUGGCUGUCCAUGGCCAGCCGCGAGGACCUGAUGAAGAUGGUGCGGCCACCCUACUCGUACUCGGCGCUCAUUGCCAUGGCCAUUCAGAGCGCGCCCGAGCGCAAGCUCACGCUCAGUCACAUCUACCAGUUCGUGGCCGACAGCUUCCCCUUCUACCAGCGCAGCAAGGCCGGCUGGCAGAACUCCAUCCGCCACAACCUGUCGCUCAACGACUGCUUCAAGAAGGUGCCCCGCGACGAGGACGACCCAGGGAAAGGGAAUUACUGGACCCUGGAUCCGAACUGUGAGAAAAUGUUUGACAACGGGAACUUCCGUCGGAAGCGGAAGCGCCGCUCCGAAGCCAGCGGCCCCUCCACGGUGGCUUCAGGGACCACAAAAUCGGAAGAAGGGCUCGCCUCCGGAUUGGGGUCGGGCGUGGGCGCGAAGCCCGAAGGAGACAGCCCCUCCGCGUUGCUAAGGCCGUCCCAGUCCCCCGAGCCUCCCGAGGGCACCAAGAGUACUGCGUCGUCCCCGGGAGGAUCCCUGCUCACCUCUGCCCCUUGCCUCAACACCUUCUUCAGCAGCCUGAGCACCCUGAGUGUCAGCAGCAGUGGGAGCGCCCCGCGGGCUGUCCCCGGCAGCCGCCACCUAGGGAUCCAGGGGGCGCCCCUAGCCUCCAGCAGCACGUUCCCCGCCAGCUCCAUCCCCGAAGCCCCGCCAGACAGCUUGCAGCUGAGUCACAGCGCUAGCAACGGCAGCAGCCAGAGGUCUUCCUACUACAGCCCCUUCCCCGCCAGCACCGGAGGGGGUCAGAGCAGCCCGUUCAGCAGCUCCUUCUACAACUUCAGCAUGGUCAACAGCCUCAUCUACCCCCGCGAGGGCUCCGAGGUCUAGGACAGCCGCCCCUCGGAGUUGAAUAUGCACACCUGAGAUCUUGUGAAAUGCUGAUUUCCAGGCCGUAGGUCUGGGGCAGCAGGUGGCAUUCUGCAUUCCUCCGGAGUCCCAGGUGUUCCUGUGGCCCGAUGGGAAUAGUAGAGAACUCUUCCUACAGCCCUGCAAGCUUUUACAGGUUUCCCUGGCGAGAAAGCCACCUCACUCUGUUCGGGGCAGUGCCUGUGAGGGCAGGGACCAUGUCUGUUUUGUCCGUCACUGUACAGCAGGGUUCUGAGCUCAGAUGUGUCGAAGGGCCAGCCAAAAAAACAAAAGAAUGAAGUUGGUCAGGUAGCAAACAAGGCAGCGGUUGACCAUUGAAGCAGGUAAGGGAGUGUUUGGG